AUGAAGUUCGCUUCCCUUUCACUCCUUGCGCUGGGCGCUAUUCUCCCGGGCUGGGCCGCCGCCGAGCUCUCCGGUACCGUCGGGCCAUCCACCACGCGUGAAGCCAAGGCGGCCAAGAAGACAUGCAACAUCACCAGCUACGGUGCCAAGACCGGUGCCACUGGUGACAUCGGCGCCGCCCUUAAGGCUGCCUGGGAUGCCUGCAAGACUGGCGGAGAGAUCCUGAUUCCGUCCGGAGAAUGGGGCAUGAGCACUUGGCAGACGCUCUCUGGCGGUUCUGGUGUCUCGAUCAACCUCGAGGGUACCAUCUACCGCACCGGCACUGCUGGUGGCCACAUGAUCAUUGUUCAGAAGUCCACCGAUGUUGAGUUCUACAGCGGCAACUCCAAGGGUGCCAUGCAGGGCUAUGGAUACGAAUUCCACAAGCAGGGCAAGGGUGUCUAUGGACCCCGUCUCCUGCGCUUCGUUUCCGUCACCAACUUCAGCGUGCAUGACAUUGCUCUCGUUGACUCGCCCGCUUUCCACAUCAUCUUGGACACCUGCACGAACGGCGAGGUCUACAACAUGAUCAUCCGCGGAGGAAACGAGGGUGGCCUUGACGGUCUCGACUUGAUGGCCUGCACCAACGUCCACGUUCACGAUGUCGAGGUUACCAACAAGGACGAGUGCGUCACUGUCAAGAACAAGUCCAGCCACAUUCUUAUCGAGGACAUCUUCUGCAACUGGUCUGGUGGCUGUGCUAUCGGCUCCCUCGGCGCCGACACCGCCAUCUCCGACAUCACCUACCGCAACAUCUACACCGUCAACUCCAACCAGAUGAUGAUGAUCAAGAACAACGGCGGUGAUGGUGUCUUCCAGAACUCUCGCUUCGAGAACUUCAUCGGUCACGGCAACGCCUACUCCCUCAAGAUCGACUCUGCCUGGGCCGGACAGAGCAAGGUCUCGGGUAGCGGUGUCGAGUACAAGAACCUGACCUUCUCCAAUUGGAAGGGUACUGCUGCCAACGGUGCUUCUCGCGGCCCCGUUGUCGUUCUUUGCGCUGCUGCCGUCCCCUGCGAGAACAUCGACGUCUCCAGCAUCAACAUCUGGACCGAUGCUGGCUCGUCCAUUGUCGACAAGUGCGAGAACGCCUUCGGCUCUGGACACUGCCUGCGCACCGGCUCCGGCACCUACACCAGCACCGCUACCACCAAGACUGUUGCCAACUACGAGGCCACCACUAUGCCUGGCCAGAUCACUGCCGGUCUUGGUCUCUCGACCUCCAUCGACAUCCCUGCUCUGCCCACCACCUUCUUCCCUGGCCAGAAGCCCAAGACCGCGCUGCUGGGCUCUGCCUGA